GAGGGGCGCGGUCUUAUGGGGGGAGGUGGGAGCACAGCCGGGCAGAGCAAAGCGGCGGCGGCAGCUCGGGUUCCGGGACCGGGACUGGGAGCAGAAGGGGGUCGGGGACGUGCCCCGGGACGGCGGCAGAGCAUGGGCUGUGUGAGGUCGAAGGCAGCUGAUGUCCAAGAGAAGACGGUAAAAACUGAUCCUGACCCUGAUCCCGACCCCGGCAUCCAGCAGGGCCACUAUGUGAGGGACCCCACGGCCGCCAACAGGAGGAACACUCAUGUUCCCAGUGUGGCUGUGCCCUUGCCUGAGGAUGUCUCAGGGGACUGUGUGGUGCUGGCACUCUACGACUACGAGGCAAUGAACGCUGGGGACCUCAGCUUCCAGAAAGGAGAGCGGCUGAAGGUGCUGGAGGAGUCAGGGGCCUGGUGGCAAGCACGGUCACUGGUGACGGGACGUGAAGGCUUCAUCCCCAGCAACUAUGUUGCCCGAGCUGACUCCUUGGAGACAGAGGAGUGGUUUUUCAAAGGCAUCAGCCGGAAGGACGCGGAGCGGCAGCUCCUUGGCCCCGGGAACAUGAUCGGGUCCUUCAUGAUAAGGGACAGCGAGACGACCAAAGGCUGCUACUCGCUGUCGGUGCGGGACGGGGACGAGAUGCAGGGCGGGGCAGUGAAGCAUUACAAGAUCCGAACCCUGGACAGCGGCGGCUUCUACAUCUCUGCACGCAACAACUUCAGCACGCUGCAGGAGCUGGUCCAGCACUACAAGGGUCAGAGCGAUGGGCUGUGCCAGAAGCUCACCCACCCCUGCCACGUGCCCAAACCGCAGAAGCCCUGGGAGAAGGAUGCCUGGGAGAUCCCUCGGGAUUCACUGAGGCUGGAGAAGAAGCUGGGAGCUGGGCAGUUUGGAGAAGUGUGGAUGGCUACCUACAACAAGCACACCAAGGUGGCAGUGAAGACGAUGAAGCCGGGCAGCAUGUCUGUGGAAGCCUUCCUGGAGGAGGCAAACCUGAUGAAGACGCUGCAGCACGACAAGCUGGUGAAGCUGCACGCGGUGGUCACCAGGGAGGAGCCCAUCUACAUCAUCACUGAGUUCAUGGAGAAAGGGAGCUUGCUGGAUUUCCUGAAGACCAAUGAGGGGAACAAGCUGCCACUCCCGAAGCUGAUCGACUUCUCUGCCCAGAUUGCAGAAGGAAUGGCUUUCAUUGAGAAGAGGAACUACAUCCACAGAGACCUGAGAGCUGCCAACAUCCUGGUGUCAGCAAUGCUGGUGUGCAAGAUCGCAGACUUUGGGCUGGCCAGAGUCAUCGAGGACAGCGAGUACACGGCCCGGGAAGGUGCCAAGUUUCCCAUUAAAUGGACUGCACCAGAAGCCAUCAACUACGGAUCUUUCUCUAUAAAAUCUGAUGUCUGGUCCUUUGGGAUCCUCCUGACCGAGAUCAUUACCUAUGGACGCAUCCCCUACCCAGGGAUGUCGAACGUGGAGGUGAUCAGGGCACUGGAGCGCGGGUACCGGAUGCCCCGCACGGAGAACUGCCCCGAGGAGCUGUACGACAUCAUGAUGAGGUGCUGGAAGGCCAGGCCCGAGGACCGUCCCACCUUUGAGUACACACAGAGCGUUCUGGAGGAUUUCUUCACUGCCACAGAGAGCCAGUACCAGCAGCAGCUGUAGCACAGGACGCUCGGGGCAGACACUGCAGUGACCACACAUCCCGCUCUUCCCUGUCCCACCCGUGCCCUGCUUCUCCCGCCAGCCUGGCCCCAGAUUUCCCAGGAUACAUCGUGGCCGAGGAGCCACAGCCUUCCUGGAGCGGCUGGGCUGGAAGCAGAGCAGGAGGGAGCCAUGCUUGGGAUGGAUGGAGAGAGAAGUGAUCUGUGGCUGUACCCUGUGCCUUUCCCAGGAGCCUGAGUGCCUGCGGGAAGCACUGGCUGGACAGUGGUUGCCAUGCCGGCACCUCUGCAGGAGGAGGGACAGGGAUGGGGUUGGCCCUGCUUCUGCUACAAAGUAAAAAACCCAGAUUAGUUUUUUUUUAAUUCUUCUGAGAUCUUAUCCUACCAUUCUCCAGGUGCUUUAGCUGCGCUGCCCUUGGUGAAAUGCCCUGCAGUGCCCGUGCCCCACCUGGUCCCUUUGUGUCCCAGAGAUCCCAGGGCAUUCCCAGGCGAUGCAGCACUUUGACUCAUCCUCAGCGCAGGAUCCUGGAGUUUGGAUGUCAAGUGUCACAGACACGUGUCCUGCUCUCUCCCUCCUGGGUCUCAUUCCUCAGUAUUUUCACAGCACCCCCCGGUGCAGAGCACAGGUUUGGUGAGGCUGUGCAGGAGGGUGGGCAGACAGACAGACGGCGCUUUUCCAGGCUGUCCCUGGAUGGAUCCCCUUCUGCUUGCCUUGGGAGGAACCUCUGGAGCCCAAAGUCGUGGCCCAAGGAAACCUCUUCCCCAUGGCAAACCUCAGAGGCAGGAUUUGAUGUCUGCUGGGGCAUUUGCAGAGUCAGCAAGGGCCUGGUGCUCCCUGCACACUCACUUAAUGUUGUUGUUUAUUUUUAGUAUUUAAUGACAGGUUAUUUGGGGGAAAGAAGGAAGCAAUAUAUUAUUUUUAAGAUAACCCUGUACCUCUUAACAGCAGGGAGAUCAGGGCCUGUGAUUAUAUUUUCGAUACCAAGAGGCAAAUGCCGACGCUUCAGCUCUUUUCUAUCUGCUUUGUGAGCUUCUUUUUGUAAUCAAUAAAGUAUUUAUCAACCUCU